AUGGCUGAUAAGUGUCAUUUGUGUCUGCUGGGACUGAUCUUUGUCUCUUCACUUCUCACAGGUAAAGAAAUAUCUGUUUUCUGUAAUGGAGUGGAUGAUGCUCAUGUGUUCAUCAGUUCUGGUGAAAAUGUCCGUCUGUCCUGUAAUAAUGCUCUUCCUGACUGCACAUCAACUACAUGGAUCUAUAAUAAAGAUUCAACGACUGUUGAACUGAUUUAUUCAGGGAUAAAGAAUAAAGACGCAGAGAGUCAUGAGAGACUGAGUCUGGGGUCUGACUGCUCUCUGAACAUCAAGAACAUCACAAAAGAAGAUUGUGGAUUUUACACCUGCAGACCAUUUGUGAAUGACAAACAACUAGGAACUGAUGCUCGUGUUUCUCUGCAUGUUCUUCAGGUCUCUUCAUCAUCCUCACAGACUGAGAUCAGUGCAGGCCGCUCUGUGACUCUCUCCUGUCAGUUGUAUUCAUAUUCAUAUGCAGGAGUCUCUUGUGAUGAUUGGAUCCAUUCUGAGAGAAUUCAUCUGUUCUGGGUGAAUCAGGCUGGUGUUAAACUGACAAGAUCAGACUCCAGAUAUCAGAUAUUAUCCUCAUCAGAUCACUGUCUCAGCACUCUGACUACAACACUCCUGAAUGAAGAUCACAACAGAGAAUGGAGAUGUGAAGUUACUCACAGAAAUCAGGUCAAGGCCUCAGUCACUCAGACACUGUCAAGAGUUCAGGUCAGAAAACAAACUCAUGAUCAGUUAUGGAAGAUGAUUGUGAUUAUUGUUGAGUUUACAGUGUUUGCUGCUCCUAUUGUGAUUCUUCUUCAGAUCAUCUGUGCGAGAAGAGCUGGGAAGAAGAACUUGCAGCACUUGGAGGAAAUGGUGAUGAAUACAAUAUUAGAAUAAAAUAAUCUCUACAAAUAACAGGCCAGAUUACAGCAAGAUGUAUCUUCAUGUCAAUGAUAUUAUGGAU